UUGCUGGGUCACCAUUCCAUCAUAAAUUAUGCACACUCACCCAUUCAGAUCCACUACUUCAAUCUCGCUAAUUAAUAGAAUCUAGUGAACAUACACAUGUACACACGUCGUCUUGGUAUAUACGUUCGUACGUAUAUGUACGCUAGAUAUGUGAGCAUGCAGCAGACUGCGAAUUAGGCCUUGUAGUGGUAUUACGAGCCUGCUAAUACGAACAUAUCCAUCUAUCUCCCUUCGAGGCGUGUGUUUGUAAAUAUCUUAAAUUGUAGGAGCAGCGAUAGUGUGCUAUACGUAUGAACUGUGAGAAUGUGACUGUGCUAAUGGAGAUUAGUAGCUCCUUGUGAUUCUCAUCUCGAUUCGUGUGCAAGUGCUCGCGUGCGUUCCACCAACAGCAAAAUAAAAUGAAAUAAACGAAACGAAGAGCGUUGGCCGUGGACGUUCACCAACUUUGAGGCUGGAUUUCGACGAGGGCGGUGGACGAGUCGGCACAAUUUUUGGCUGCUGCUUUCUUCCGACGACGACCACUUUUUCUUCCCAGUCGUCGUCGUCCUCGUCCUCUUGAUGUCCUCCUUGCUACAUGGAAGGUUCCAACAUAAAACAAACUAUUGUGAUGCACUGUGAGGGAAGGCCCAGAGAAACGAGAUGACAAUGCCUCCUUGCUCCUGUCUUUGUCGCUCCUCCGAAACAUUAAAUUUCUUUAUGCACUUUUGAGUCUCACUUUUAUUUUCUUUGAGCUCUGCGUCAUUAAGAUAAGUUAUACUGUGGAAUAAAUCGUUUGAGGAUCGGGCUGAGCAUAAAAGCGUCGGAAAAUUUGACCAUUUCAGCAAGCCCGCUCUCUCCCUGAUAUUGAAUAAAAGGAAAUGUGACGAGUUAUGCGAGGCUGUAAUUGGACUCUAAUUAAUGUGUUCCAGGUCCGAGUGGAAAAAACUUGUGCGUGGGCUGGAAAGUUUGGUCCAUCCUGGGAAUUCGUCUUCUCCCCAAAAAUCAGAGUGGAUCAGUCUAAUUUGGUCCAGCGAGGGUUGUGAUAUCAUUACGACUGCUUCAAUGGCCGCCACCACCACUUUAUAGCCUGACCAUCAUCUCGAACCAUAAUCCAUAAUCCAGUUUCGCCAAGUCGUCACUGGAAUGAGUGAAGACCAGGAAAAGCAGCAGCAGCAUCAACCUGGAGUAUCACCACCAUCCACGUUCGAGUUGAGACUUGAAGAAAAUAUUGACCCAGAUAAUCCGAAUCGGAAUUGUGCAAAUAAUUGCGGGCGACGAGACUGCUCUUGUUCCACCAGUGCCACAGACAAUAAUCGGAUUUCCACUCCCAUAAGUGGUGGGUGUGCUUCUGCUACUCAGCCAAGUUCUUCAGCUCCAAGUGGUGGUGGUGGUGGCCCGGCUGCUGUUACUGCCACCACUGGGUCCUCCUCCUCCGGGAGCAGGAAAAGUGUUGGAUCGGAUCAUAAAAGUCCUUCAGCCUCAUCAUCACGACUGACGAGGAAAUCUAAUAAUAAUGCGAAUCAUUCAAUCUCGAAGCCUUCCUUCCCGUCCUUGGUGAUCGCUCUGCUGAACACCGUCCGGACUUCUGGCGGUGGUGGCGGAGCGUCCACGGUGGCAGGAGCCCACUUGACGAAGGCAGGACCAGUGGCGGGGGACCCUGACGAUGAGGGUGGUGCCACUGCGAGCGAGAAGCCAGGAGACUCCUCCAAUUCCAAUGCUAAUCUCAAUUUGAAGAUGGGGAAUAAGAACACUAAUGGCCUUCCCGGCCCCACCGCCGACGACGAAAACGGCAAUGAAACUCCGACGGGUGAGAAUGGAGAAUCGGCCCCAGCAAUAAAGUUACCUGAGAAUUUGGAGGGAUUAAUGCGAGCUGAUCAUUUCCCGUGUCAAAGGCAUAGAUGGAACUCUAACGAAGAAAUUGCAGCGAUAUUAAUCAGCUUUGCCCAUCAUCCAGAAUGGUUGUCGAAGGAAGUGAAAAUCAGACCGAAAAGUGGCUCGAUGUUGCUCUACUCGAGGAAGAAAGUCCGCUACCGUCGGGAUGGCUACUGCUGGAAGAAGCGGAAGGAUGGGAAGACCACGCGGGAAGAUCACAUGAAGCUGAAGGUGCAGGGGACCGAGUGCAUUUACGGAUGUUACGUCCACUCUGCAAUAUUGCCCACAUUUCAUCGACGGUGCUACUGGCUGUUACAGAACCCCGACAUCGUGUUGGUGGCGUAUCUAAACGUUCCCUAUCCUGAUGACAACAAGCUUAUUAUCACGUCCAACGUGUCCUUGUGGGGGGACAAGAAGGAGUGGACAAAGGAAGAACUCAUCUCCCAACUUAAGCCCAUGUUUUUCAGUGAAGAGGAGCCUGAUCUCAAUAACGAGCUGGAGCUAUCGACUGCGGAGACGGUGGAAGCAAUAGUGAUGCAACUAAUGGAGAAACAAAGACUCGCUCGUCAAGCCAUUUGUUCUGGGGACACUCUGACCGCAUCAGGCCCAAAUUCCAACUCGAGCUCGAGCAACCAUGUCGUCAGCUCCAAUAGUUCCGUGGUGGGAACAACGGGGUCAACGACGACACGUCUCUCGUCCUCUUCGUCCACUUCGUCCUUGGUUCAGCUGACGAACGGUGGUCCUUCUAUCGUCGCCACUGUGACAACAAAUCAGCCACACAACCAAGGUCAAGUAGGUCACCCUGCGACGAACAGUAUCAAAACCGAGCCUGGACAUCAGAUCCACCAGACGACGAACGGGACGACGAGAUUAGCGACGGCUGUGAUGACGACGGCUGGGAGCAGCAAUGGACAUCAUCAUGGGAGUCAGGACCGACCUUUCCUGCUAAACUUGAGCCAGUUCCAGACCACAGGAGGACUCAUAAUUCUCAACGGGAAGCCCACGGUGACGACCACGUCGGGGGGCGGGGUGGGUGUGACUCAGAACCAUUCUGCCUCCGUUCAAGCGACGCACCACUCAGCACUGGCAGCUGUACAAAACCUCAAUGGGAACGCUUCGCUCACUUCCACUCUUUCUUUCAUGGACGUCCAAAAUGCGAACGAGUCCGUGGUCCGUGUCCCCUCUACGAGUUCCAACCAGACGCUCUUGAUCCAUCACACACAGAGCCAGCAGCACUUUGCCACCGCCGUGGCUUCUGCCCACCCACAUCAAGGCCAUGGGGCCCACCCACAUCAGAAUCACCACCACCAGCAACUCCACCACCACCCUUCUCAAAGUCAACAACAGCACACGGUGCACCACCCUCCACAUUCGUCAGGAAGUCAUGUGACUCAGGUAGUCAAUCAUGUAGGGCCGUCCCCAGGGGACAGUGGUGGUGGAAGUGGUGGCGGUGGUGGUGGUGGUGGGGGAGCGUCACAUCAGGAGCUGUUGACGUUGGAAAUGUCACACGAGGACAUUCAGCAAACGCUGUCUGCGAAUAUGGGCAUGGGGGACAGUGGAGGCGACCUGGAACCUAUGUCACCUUCCGCUGAUGAUGUCUUUGUCAACCUUGACGUUGACGCGUUUGACAUUUUGGCCGACUUGUCCGAUGAUUUGGACCAGAGUCAUCAUAAUGGAGUUCUCAUGGGGGUUGUUACCGAGAAAACCACCAUCGUCGACAUCAAUCCUGAGUGGGCAUACUCAGAGGGUGGCACCAAAGUUUUCAUCGUCGGUCAGUUCCACAACCCGCACUGGGAAUACUCGGUCCACUUUGGUGACCUUCCCGUCCCUGCCGUCUACCUCCAGGCUGGAGUUUUGAAGUGCUUCUGCCCACCUCACAGCCCAGGUCUGGUGCCCAUCAGGGUGUACAUUCAGAAUGGGAAGCAGAUUUCCAACAACUCGAUGGUGUUUGAGUACAAGGCGGACAUGAAGAUGAACUUGGUGCCGGUGCCGCCGUCAGAGGCGUCCCUCAAGCUCUGCCUAAUUCAUCGGAUGGAGUGUUUCGAAAAGUGCUUCCAGAACUUCAACCAGAAGGGGGAAGAGUACGGUUCUCGCUGCUUGGAGGACUCGGUGGUCAAGAUGUGCGUGGAGAUGAUGUCGCAGGAGUGGACAGCAGACGCGUCGUCAUCAACGUCCCUUCUCCUUCCCAUCAGUGACCGAGGACUGACGUUGCUCCACUUGGCCGCAGCCCUGGGCUACACUCGCCUCCUGCUCACCCUCAUUCAGUGGAAACGAGAAAAUCCGGCCCCCAUUCUCCACGCCGAGGUGGACCCUUGGAAAUCCGAUGACUUUGGACUCAUCCCUCUCGCCUGGGCAGCCCGUGAAGGAUCCUUGGAAUGUGGCAUCAUCCUCUCGCAAUGGAGCCCUGACACUUUGCAAAAACGCGACUCUGAGGGUCUGAAUCCAGCACAGAUCGCUGUGAAUUCAGGACAUGUGAAGCUCGCCUCCGAGUUGGAAAAGAUCCAGAACAACAAAACUUCUUCAGAGUUCGGUUUCAGCCUCGGCUUCACCAUGGAGAACAUCUCUUUAACAUCCAAUCUGCGACGAUUCCAGAGAUGUUCAGAGGACUUUGGCUUGAAAGACUGUUUUUUUGGCCACACCACAUCCGAACUUUCUCUGGCUUCGGAGGAGGACUCCAAAGUACUCACUCUGGCGGAACAGAUCAUUAAGGCAAUUCCUGAUCGGAUUAAGAAAGAAAGCAGCGAGGAAAUGUCUCCCUGUGACUCGCAGGACUCUUCAAUGGUCAGCAGUGACCCGUCAGAUAGCGCAGACUUCAGUUUCGAAUUUUCUGACAGAAACUACAGCAGAUACUACGAUUCGGCGACCCCAGGUUCCAGUCUGAGUCCAUCGUCCAGCUGCUUGCAAAGCCCUUGUUCAUCAUCCUUCACCGUGGACUCCCCACAACCCACAACGGCGGAUUUCUGUGAAUUUCUCCAUGCUUCAGCGUUUGAAAAGGAUUUCUCCAACUUGACAUUGACAGAUCGGGAACAACGGGAAUUGUACGAAGCUGCGAAAGUGAUCCAGAAAGCGUACCGGUCGUACAAGGGCAGGAAGAAGAUGGAGGAAGAGGAGAAGGAGAAAGUUGCUGCAGUCAUCAUCCAAAACUAUUACAGGCGUUACAAACAGUACGCGUAUCUCCGUCAAGUGACGCAGGCAGCGUUGGUGAUUCAGAGUCAGUAUCGAAACUACUGUGAGCACAAGAGAUUUAAAAAGUCUCAAGAAACCGGUCAUAGUUUUCGCAUGCCGAGAGACAGCCACGGAAAUUCCACGCAUCCAAUUUUGAGAACUUAUUCUCAAAGACGACAAAACCAAGCUGCAAAAAAGAUUCAACAAUUUAUGAGACAGUCAAAGAACAAUUUUUGGGAAUGUGAUGAAUCGCCGAAGAUUACAGAAAGAGCGUGCCGAAGCAGAAAGAGAGAAGCAGCAACCAUCGCCCUGAGUCAUGGAGGUCCAGCCCCUGCAAAAAUUGCUUUGAGCAGCGUCCAUCAAAAGAAGGCACUGAGGCAACAAAAACUUCUCUCCUCUGCAUUUUAGAGAUGAAACUGGAGUCGGUGCUGUCAAUAUUAAGUUUAAACUCGUUCUACUACAUACUCUGACCAGGUGCUUUUCUUGGUGUGCUAAUAAUAGAUAUUUUACCAAAGCUUGGGAGAAGGAAAUAUUGGGCGAUACAUAAGAGAGCAUGUUGGUAUGGAAUGCUCGUUUAUUUGACAUGAGGUCACAUGAGUAAGGGUGCCUACCCAUAGCACCCACCUAAGUACAUGAGUUGACAUGAAAAUAUAUGUGUGGAGAAAGCUGAAGCAAUAUCAAGAAUACUUCUAUAUGGUCCCAAUUAAUUCUUCUGAUUCGUCGCGAAUCCAGAUCUUCUUUGUGUAAUAAAGUACGUACAUAAGUAUUUAUCUCCGCAAAGCCAGUAGGAAAUGUAACGACAUUUUCCAUUUCUGUUGCCACCACCUGAUUUUUUAAAAGUUGAGAAUACCGUUUGAAAUGCUCAAAUAUAUUUUGAUAGAAUUCUAUCCAUAUAUACAUACAUACAAAAUGACAGCUGUGUAAUAAUUACGGCAAGAAAUGAAGACAUAUUAUGCGACUCCAAUAAAUUUAUCAAUAUGCACGAUGCACUCCUUGAGUUUUCAACAUGCAAUAUCUACAAAAUAAUCCGUACUAAAUAUUAUUCUAUGGACUUUUGGAGGAAAAUAUUACAACGAUAAAAAGUACUCGAUUUUUUGAUGUAAGGAAGGAUUGCGUUCCGCAAUAACAAUAAUACGUAUGUACAUUAAGUAUGUAGCCAUAUAUGCAUGCAUGCCAGCUCCGACGAGGUACACAUUCAUAAGUACAAUAAGUUAUCAACAAAAAUUAUUACUCUUAAACACGAUGACGAUGAUGAUGCAAAUCUCACUAGAGUUUUUGAACUUUGCUUAACCAGUCAAGUUAUGUAAGUCCGUUUGUAGCGUUGAUUUACGCAGUACCUUUAAAACCACCUUGUUAGCCUAUCACACACACUGACUCUUUGCACUCUCUGUGAAAGGUCAUUUGUCCAUGAUUGAUGUUUACGACGACGACAACUAAUUACUUCUGAUAAUAAGCUAUACAGUUAUUGUGUCUGUCUCAUCUCUAUGUGUCUCUAUGUUCUGUGUGUGUUGUGUGUACACUUGUUCGUCUCAUUAUAUUUAUUGGUAACAGAGAACUUUGAUUGCUCAUCCAAAAGUACAUUGCCUUAUUAAUUAACAACUUGUUUGUUAUUGUGCAGAAGGAAAAAAAAUACUAAAAUCAACUCGUAAAUCUUUCCACAGAUAAAUAUUUAAUAUAAAAUAUAAAUGUGUAAUCAUCACCAUUAUGCUUUCUCUCCGUGUAGGUAGAUUUGUAGUGCAUGUUGCAGCAGCCUACGUACGUACACACGUAGGAAGACAACAAUUCCAGUAGGGAGACAAUUAUUUCUCUUGGCAAUUCCAACACCUACAUAUUUGCCUUACACAAGGUUUAUUUGAUACGCUGCUAGUGAAUCCUACGAGCACUAAACUGCAGAGAACAAUACUGAAUGUAUCGUCUUCAUACCAUGUACCGGAACCAUGUACAUAUACUCUAAAGACAUGAAAUCUGUAUGAUCUGACACCUACUUACCAAGUAGCUAGUAGAUAUUUAGGGACCUAGGUACUCGAUAAGCUAUCUAUCAUGCAUGAACAAUAUGGAUAACAAUUAUACAAUAAUUCCUAGAAAACUGAUUGAGGAGGUAGUUCACUCGACCUAUUCGUCUGUGCUCGGACAGUGAAACAAAAAGACAAGGCGUAGCCGGUAUCUAUCAGUCAGAUACGAAUUUCUGCAGAGUCCACCACCGGAAGUGAGAGGAGAAGGGUUUAAGGCUGGAUCUUGAUGAUCUUAUCUGAUAUCCGCCAAUCUCUUUCGCGUUCUGGUCUGGAAUCUAUUUAUUUGUUGAGCUUGCUACUCACUUCCUUACUUCCUAGAGUUUCAACUUGUAAAAUCUUUACCUCACAUAUUACAUAAAUUGGUGUCACACGCCACCAGUAGCUCCAUACAUAACGCCUAACCUUUAACCUUACCAACAACCUUAGUGCUUCUAGUUCAUAGUACAAAUAAAUGUUGCUAUUAUUGUAAUUCGAAAUCGAAAGUUAUUAUAAUGCAGAAUACUAGACGAGUAGAGGAGUUGUGGCUUUGAACUAAUAAUUACUCACUCAGAUUCUAUGAGACACAUUUACUCGGCUACCACUUCUCACAUACAUUUUACUGCAUAAAUAAAUAAGUGUAGGAAGGAGGAAGAUCACAUUCUCUAGUGAUAACUAAAUAGGACUUUUAUGACUACGGUCAUCUUCUAGUACGUGAGCCACAAUGCAUUUCAAUCCUAAUUUACAAACCAAGAAAGGGAAAUAUCUAUAUAACAAUUAUCCAUUAUUUUAAACACCUCGUCUCAUCAUCCUUAUCUUUGUUCGUUGGUUGGUAGUCCAAAUGUACGUGUGUAUUUAUUAUGUGUAUUUAUAAAUUUGCUUUGGGCAAGAACUGCAUGGAAAAAAGACGUGUUUUAUCAGACAUUAUAUUGCAAUUACUUUUUUAAAUACUGAUUAAGAAUGAUGCUAGCUUAAUAUUUGGGUAGUUGUAAAACUAAUUAAUUUGAUUUCUUCUGGCGCAAAGAACAACACAUUCCUUUCAGUGUGUUCAUCAGAGGCUAGACGUUUAGUUUAAUUGGUUGAACUGAUAACAAAAGUUGACCUUUGGUUUUUGGGGUAUUAAUUCUAGUACCUCAUCUUUCCUCGCAACAAUAAUGAUGAUCAUUGAACUGACACGAUACAAAACUGAAGAGUACCUUUCCACCAACAAAACAAUUCACUUAUUUACAAUAUACUCUCCCCUGAAUUGAAUAAUUAACUAACUGAUCCAUUAAUUGUUCUUAGUUCUUGAGUCGUCUUUUCCUCAAUUGAGUCGAACCGUAUAUGUAUCCAGAGGUAUUCAUACAUAUAUUAGCUGUUAACAAGGAGAAGUAGGUGGUAAUCGUUCAAUGUGUUGUAUCGUCUUUACGUGUUCUAUGUGUAUCGUGUUUUUUACAACUUUAUAAUUAAUUGCAACGACAAGUUAAUAUGGAUUCAAUGUAUUUUUACUACAUAACGCGUCAUACACAAAUAAAGAUAGCGACAUGUUUCGUUGGUUUAUUGGUUCAUGGUGUAAAACAUAAAAGUAGUCGCAUGCUGCACGGGUUUUCUCUUCGUUCCUUCGUGUUGAGCCAGUAUUUGAUAAGCACGACGAUUACCAAUUACAAAGUUGAGACGACGAGUAAACUACAAUUCAGAAGCAAUAAAAAUGUAUCAAUUUUCAAGCAUUUAAAAUGUUUCUUAAAUAAUUUUACUCAAAAUAUUUUACUCGUGGCACAGAAAAUCACCAAUAAAUAGUUAAUUUACUUUUCUAGAGACUUGUUCAGCUCUCAUCUUCAAAUAUUGCACUGUCUACACGUAAUUUGAUGUAAUAAAUUAUUGUACUUAAUUAAAUCAGGACUGUGUUAACUUAGGCAAAGAAAAUUUAUUUUAGACAAACAGAAGAAGAAUGGAAACAAAGACAACAAACUACAUUCGUUUUACUUGUUAAUAAAAUAUAUUACGUGCUAAUCAGCAUUUCAGAGUAAUAAGCAAAGUCAUCAUCGGGAUCGGUUUCCGUUCGUUCGAUACAUAAUUUUAUUAUUCGAAAGCGAAUUAUAAAUGUACCGUCGUCGUAUGUGUAAUAAAAUGUUAUCUCAUUAUUAUGUCGAACAUGGUGCAUGAAAAAUCAAUGUCGAGAAAUGUUAUCCUGAAAUGAAUAAAAUUAGUUUUCUCAAUUCACUCCAUCAA